AUGGAAGAACAGCGACAAAAAGAUGACGCCCUCAGCGCAAACGACGGAGCAGGCAAAAAAGGAGCAGACGUGCUAUGUGAUGGUGUUCUAGAGGAUUGUCCAACCCACGAAAAGGAUGUUCAUCCUGGAGACUCAGGCACUGGUGACCCUCCAACAUCGAGCGAUCCCGACCCGGCAACACCUAUUGCAGAGUUCAAAUUCGACAGCCUAGAUCCACGCUUGAGAUGCCAGAAACCGGAUUGCCGCACCAUGACCAGUUGCUGGGAUCCGGCUGUGGUUAUUUGUCCCGCGUGUGGAACCGACAGCUUUGUUCGCUACUGCAAAAAGCAACAUCUCUACGACGACAUCCAACGCCACUGGCUCUACGAGUGUGGAAAAGCUAGGAUUAUCGAUCCGAUCGAUCGAGAUACCAUACGUCCAUCACAAAUCCCUAACCGACCAUACAUUGUCAGUCAUCGCCACAACUUGGUUGAGCGUCAUAGACAGGCGGUCUGGCGUGCCAUGGAAGACGCAGAUUAUUUCAUCUUUAAUGAUGUUGACAUGGUCGACUCGGACAUCCUGGACCCCACAGAAGAAGAGUGGAGUCUUGGACGUGGAACGGGAACCGUGGUUAUGCAGAUAUUAUUUCCGGAAGACGUGCCAACUGCUUCUAGGAGACAAUUAUUCAACCACCACAUUUUGCAAUGCCUCACGUUCGGAAGUCCGAUGGCCACCCCAAGCUGCAUGAUUGCUCUGCAGUUGAUUCGCGAAUCACUGAUUGUCUCGGGUAAUUGGACAGAGCAAAUGCUCACCUACCUCUGCAUGCAAUUAGGAGGCGAAUGGGGUGGUUUUCGGGUGCCAUGGUCCUUCUACAAUGUAGCGGAGGUGAACAUCGUUUGGAUGACACGCGGCCUGCUGCCCUUAUUGCCUCCAAGUUGA